CGCGCAGGCCCAGCGUUGGGAGGCGGGGCUUGACGGCCGGGCGGGGUUCGGGGGGUCGGAGUCCUCUCCAGUCCCCGCCGCCAAGGUCCUGGUGAGCGAGUCCGGCCAUGGAGCAGCCGCGGAAGGCGGUGGUGGUGACCGGGUUCGGCCCUUUUGGGGAGCAUACUGUGAAUGCCAGCUGGAUCGCUGUCCAGGAACUGGAGAAGCUGGGCCUCGGGGACAGCGUGGACCUGCACGUGUACGAGAUCCCCGUGGAGUACCAGACCGUGCAGAGGCUCAUCCCCGCGCUGUGGGAGAAGCACAGCCCCCAGCUUGUGGUACAUGUCGGGGUGUCAGGCAUGGCCACCACAGUGACACUGGAGAAAUGUGGACACAACAAAGGCUACAAAGGCCUGGAUAACUGUCGCUUCUGCCCCGGCUCGCAGUGCUGUGUGGAGGACGGCCCGGAGAGCAUCGACUCCAUCAUCGACAUGGAUGCCGUGUGCAAACGGGUGACCACUCUGGGGCUGGACGUGUCUGUCACCAUCUCCCAGGAUGCUGGCAGGUACCUAUGUGACUUCACCUAUUACACCUCGCUCUACCAGGGCCGAGGCCGCUCAGCUUUCGUCCACGUGCCCCCGCUGGGCAAGCCCUACAACGCCAAUCAGCUCGGCCGGGCACUGCGGGCCAUCAUUGAGGAGAUGCUGGGCGUCCUGGAGCAGGCAGAGGGCGACAUCAGCUGUUGCCACGAGCACUGA